AUGCGGCUGACGAGCCUGAGAAGUCUCCGGGCCGGGUCAGAGCUCGCUAGGUAUCUCGCAUUUCCGCACCGUCAGGAUCCUCCAGUCCUAUCUAGCAGCGAACUCGAACUCGAACUCUCCGUGCACCACAUACUCUUCGAGAUGCUCAACUUCGUCACCCUAUUGGUUUUCACUAUUGUCGCCGCUUCGACUUCAAUCUUCGCUGCUCCCGUUGCGGAGGGCAUGCACAGACGGACUUCGGUCUACGCGUUCCAUCAGGAUGUCGAUGUCAACGAUGAGCUUUACGUGCGCGCUGUAGCCACGAACGAGGAUGAAUCAAUCGGAUGGCACUUCAUAGACCGUCGUCUCGAGUCUCCUGCCGCCCUCGACGCAAUUGGCGACGAGGCCACUGGUGUGCUAGACGUCGAGUGGAAGUUUCUCGAUAGGGAUGUUCAGGAGGAGGAUUCGAUUAGAUGGAAGUUCAUCGACCGCCGCGAUGAUCUGCCUAAGAGGCAGUCUGAUGUCCCUGGAUCCACGUCGAGUGGUGUGUUAGACAGUAUCAAGUGGAAGUUUUUGGGUGAGGAGGUUGAAGGUGAUCUGUCAUAA